AUGGGCAGAUACACUAGAAUAACUAGUGUCUUUGAUGAUACCCUCUACCCCAAGGACCUUCAAAAGCGGGCCAUUGUGGACCAGCGGCUGCACUAUGACUCCAGUGCCUUGGCCACCACCGGUCGUGGACUCACCGCCCCGUUGAGGGAGGGCAAGACCGAGAUACCCAAGGCUAGAUUCGAUGCCCUGGAUGAGGUCUACAAGACACUCGACUUGUUCCUGGAAAGCAAUGACUUUCUGGCUGGAAAGUACCUAACCAUCGCUGAUUUCCACGUCAUCGCAGUGCUUUCAUCUACGAUACUCCUCCGUGAUGUGGAUGCCACCAUGUACCCAAAGUUGGCGGGUUGGAUUCAGCGCAUCAGGAGGUUGCCCUACUACGAGGAGGCCAACGGAUCACGAAUGUCGCAGGUUGCCAACUUUAUCAAGAGCAAAAAAUACACUAUUGUCUAAACAGCAGCUAUUUUUUACAUAAAAAUCCUAAUAAACUAUAAUAUUUAUCUAAUUGAAACUUGGUAUUAUUUCUCUGUAUUUAAUCUGAAAUGAUAUCUUUUAAACAAAUAUUUGCUAUUUAUU